GGGAUCAUCCCCAUAGUAACACUAACCUGCCAAGCUGGAAUGAAAAUGCUUUAUCCGACAUUUUCGGCAGCAAUAUAUAAACGACAUCUUUCCGAAGCCGAAUCCCGAAGCUAUCUCACGGAAAUUUUAGCGAGGGACGAAAUAAUCCAAUGGCGAAUGGCGGGAAGGGUUCGCGGGAGCAGAAUUAAUUAACCCUGAGAAUUUUGACAUGCGUUGAAUAAUUUAUGACAUUCGAACUGUCUAUUUUUACUCUCUCCACACCAAUAAGGGUGAAAGUUUUACAAGGGUUAGAUAUUUCCAAAUCUUAUUUUCCGAGACUCAUACUGUUUCUGUGUUUUUUAUCAUUCGUAAAUCGGUUGUUUUGAAUGGUGGAAUUAUAUAUGGGUCGACUGCCUAUGUGAAGAAUAUAGAUAUGUUGAUACGGUAUGUGGUUAUUUAUGUGGCCUUUACAUGUUAUCCUGUCGCCUGAUCUCUGUUCUCCGGGUCUUGGUCGAUGAAUAGAAAACCAUUAAACUGCUGCAAAUGCCAAGGAACCCAGUAUAGAGCCGAAGAUGUCAACAUUACCAGGGUCUGUUGGAUGGCCCAUCACAGGUGACAAGACAAUAGAAUUUGCCAAGAACCCAAAUGAAUUUAUCCAUAGUAGAAUAAAUAGCUAUGGAAGUAGAGUCUUUCAAACCAGGGCUUUGAAUAGACCCCAUGUGUUUGUUGCUUCAAGUCAGGGAGUCAAAGAGAUCUUUCAAGAUCAAGCACAUGCCUUAGAUAUGGGCUACAAGGAUUUUGGUUAUAUGUAUAGUCUGUUUGGUGAUCUUGUGAUAUUCAACACUGACGACGAAGCUGUCCGAUUGCGGAAGGUCCUUUGUUCUUGUCUCAAACCAGAGAACAUGUCUAAACACUUGUGUGAGGUAGACAUGAUAUGUAGUAGACUUCUUGAUAGUCUGCAUGAAGAGCCAGCUGUGCCCUUGUAUAGGACAUUAAAGUUGUUGACAACCGAGAUUUCACUCACUCUCUUCUUGGGGUUGGAUUUUGAAUCGGCGAGUCAUGAAGCUGAAGAUAUUAUUGACUUGACAAUUGCUCAUUGGCGUGGGCUUAUUUCCAUACCACUGAAUAUCAACAUUUAUGGCCAGAAGUCUGGCUAUAGUAAAGCAAUGGCUGCCAAGAAAAGACUACUGGAAAUCAUCACAAAGAAAGUAGGAAGCAAUAAUCUAUCUGAAGGGUCAGUUUUUCAGAUUUUGAAAGAAGCUGAGUUUGAGUCCACAAAAGAAUUGACCAAUCACCUGCUUUUGUUUGUAUCAGCAUUAGUACCCAAGGCCCUUGCAUCUUUAUUGGUGUCUUUCUGUUUAGAGCUUUCGAAAUCUCACAAUUUUGAAAGACGUCAGAAGGCUGCUACUGAUGACAACUAUCUCGAUGAUGUGCUGCUUGAGGUCACGAGACUGUGGCCGCCAUUUCUUGGUGGAAGAAGAAAAGCCAAAAAGGAAGUAAUAAUCGAUGGCUACAGAAUACCAGAAGGGUACUACGUAGCGUACCUGACACGAGCUGCUAACUGUGAUCCUAAAGUCUUUCCUGAACCUUAUCAAUUUAACCCUGAACGAUGGCAAACAUGCAAUCUAAAGGAUCGAGAUUUGGUCUGGACGUUUGGUUCUGGUCCAAGAGUGUGUGUUGGGCAUUCCUUCAUCUAUAGGAUUAUAAAAUUAAUAGCAAAGUUUUUACUUCAUCGUUAUGAAUGGUCACUACCCCAGGGACAAGAUCUAAAGUACAAAUGGCUACCAGUGUCGAGACCUAAGGCUGACGUCCAUGCCGUGUUUACUCCUAAGCCUGAUAGCUCGUAUUGAAAUAAGGAAUUAAUUUUAUACAAUGAUUCUUUUUAUUAACACGAAAAGAGAACUGUGAGCUGCAAUCCCCCAGUUCACCUCUCUCUAGGGGUGUGUACCGGAUUUCAAAAAGAGGUGGGGGAGCUAGGAAACUAGACAUUGAUCUCGACAAAUCAUAAGCCCAAGAAGAGGAGUCAUAGACCCUCUUCUUUACCCGGACUCUAGCCGUGAGGGUUUGGGGAAGAACCGUUCAGCCGCCCUACCCCUAGUAACCUAGGCGAAUAAUAGUCCCCUUUACAGUUCCCUGCGCCAUCUUGAAAGGUAGCCGUGCCUUUAUUUUAUUUUAUUUUAUUUUACUUAUAGCCAACUCUUAGGUUAUCGAUAGCUAGUGGGUUAAAGAAAGAAGACUWUAAAACGUAUCGCUGAAUAAUAAGAGAUCAAAUAAGAGAGGCUAGGAAUCUAUUACAGGUUUUCCCCAAUUACAAUAGAUCCUAUCAACUAAACGGCAUGAAUAAAUGAUUUAAACUAAACUGACAUAAAUCGGUCCUUAGAACUUAACCUAAUAAUUCUCCAAGCUAACUAAAUGGGAAAAAGGAACAAAUCGAAGCGAGACAAACGGUGAGCUUGCAAUGAUAGAGACCUUUUUUAACAUCGUUCGUCUCGCUUCGAUGCAAAGGCACGGUUACCUUUCAAGAUGGCGCAGGGAACUAUGAAGGGAACUAUUCUGGUAUGCGAGCUAAGUCUGUUCGAUAUGUUUAGUGUUCUCUUCUAUGCUAUCGAGGGCUUUUUGACGGGUCCUCCGUCCGUAAUUCAACAAUUUUAGAUUCUGAUUUGACCUUUACCCUCUUGAAAAUAUAGCUAUUUAAUCUUUUGCGUACUAUCAACAGGACUAUUUAAUAUAUACAAUAUGGAUUUUAUUUUUUUUAUUUUAUUGAAGUUUUUAUACAAUAAAGGAACGAUAAUUUGA